AUGAUUCUUGUAGAUUAUGAAGAAGAGAGUGGUUAUCGUGAAGCGAGGCCACAUUUUGCCAAAAGGCAAAGGCUGCCACCCGUUGUCAUGCUUUGUAAGGACAUGAUGCCUGAUAUCAGGACCAUGGGUGAAUCGGCCAAGGCUUUUCCAGAAGAUAUCAAGUUCCUAAGUGAGGCCAUUGUUCAUGAAUUCGGUAAUGACGAGUAUUUCAACAACGCACUUUUGAAAACUUUCAGAGCAGUUAUCUUGGAACAACCUCAUAAGCAACCAGGUAUUGCUCUUUUAACCAUGGUGCUAAAUUCAGCUAAACCAGAAAUUGGUAAAAGUAUUUUGAAUUAUUUCUUUGACCAAAUUCAAGAGUUACUUAAUUCAAGUCAUGACCCCGACUACCAAACCAAAUCUCAUGAUAUUGGACCAUGGGAUAAAAUUAAGUUAGUACUCAGAUUUAUCUCCAUUCUAUCGCCAAUGGUGGUACCAGAUGAUUUGCUUGACUUGUACAAGAAAUUAUUGCAGUUUACCGUCGAUUUAAACAAUUCCACGGAGAAAAGAUCCCCACUUUCUGAAGCCAUCUAUACCAACACCUUGUUGAACGUUCCAUAUUUGUUCUACUUCAACUCGGAUAAUCGUGAAUCGUUAAAAACUUUAGUUGAGGAGUUACUCACUUUUGUCGAAAACGAAUAUAACAUUAAAGAUACUGAUAUUCAAUUGCUCAAAGCAUACAAUAAGAACCCACCAUAUGAACCAGUUCAUUGGGUUACUGCUGUCUUGCCAAAUGUCAAGAACGCAUUGGCAAACGAUAUGCAACAACUAGGCGAGCUUUUCCUGAAUUAUGACACCUUAUUGACCCAACAAAUAGCAAUUCAUUCUUUUAAUGAGCCGUUGAAUCUACCAACUUUAGAACAAAUUAUUCCAUUUUCAGGUUUAGACAAAGGCUUCGGUUCAGUCGAUAGUCUAUGGAAAACUCCAAGAUAUUCAUUCGAGGUUUACUUACCGAACAGUGUGGGUCCAUUUUCUACCGUGAUACCAACUACCACCUUCACAGGUAUGUUAUUUCAAGAUAUUCUUCUUGAUAUAAUCGAAAGUAUGGAGUUCAAUAGACUUGAAGUUGCGAGACAAUUAGUAACGAUUGAUCUUUUCUUCACUGCGGGUAUUUUCACUGAACCGGGCCUUCCUGUCGCCCAACUCUUGGAACAAUUUGAAGAAAACCCAGCAAGAAGUACUUUCAAAAUCGAAGAUUUAGCCGUUGGUGCCAUCUUAGAAUUAACUUUUAAAUUACCUACUGUUUCUCAAUCUUUUGCCUAUUUCUAUUCUCUUUUGGUAGAAAUUUGCAAGAACUCGCCAAAAGCUAUUGCUCCUGUUUUCGGUAGAGCUUUCAGAUAUUUCUAUAACAAUUUGGAUAAACUAGACUUCGAGUUAAAAGCUAGGUUCCUAGAUUGGUUCUCAAUUCAAAUGAGUAACUUCAAUUUCUCAUGGAAAUGGAAUGAGUGGGAAGUUGAUUCCAUUCAGUGGAAUAGAACUAUUUACAAUCCAAGAAUGAUAUUCAUUAAGAAUUUGAUCAGAAAGGAAUUAAGAUUAACGUCCAAUUCUGCUGAUGUUGAAGAAAGUGUUACUGAUGAAUUCCAAAAAUUCAUGGAUCCAUCUUUCAUCAAGAGAGAAGAUCUUGUUAACUAUUACUCCUCUCUUUUCAAAGAUUUCCAAUUGGAUGAAGGCGAUCUUCGUAACAAUGAGCUAUAUUUCAGAUCUCCAUCUUUCCCAUUCCAUGAAAACGUAACUCAACUUUUGGAUUUCUUCCACAAGCAACCUGACACCAGAUCUGUUGCAGAGUUGGAGGGUAUUCUCAAGGACAUUGCUGUAAACCAUGGGUCAAUUAUUGAAGAUUUCAAUAGAUUUACUGUGACUCUUCUGAUUCAAACCAUUGUUUUCUGUGGUAGUAGAUCUCUCUCCCAUGCAAACAAAUAUAUUGAUGAUUCGAGAGAAGAGUUGAAAGCAAUUAUGGCACAGGUAGAGGUGUCGCCGCAAAUUAAAGAUCAAUGGAUUUGUGAGGCGGUUGUCAGAUACUGGAAUAGUAACUCUCAAACUGGUUACUUGAUUUUGGACUCUUUGAGAUAUAAUGGUCUAAUUUCAAAUGAAUCAGUUUUAAACUUUUCUUUGACCGAACAGUGUGGAGUAAACAUGAGUCUCGUCGACUCUACUUCUAUUGAGUCUAUUUUCAGAAUUUUGAAUGAGCUGGCUAUGGCUGCUGACAAAGAUGUUGGUUCUUUUGAGUAUGUCUUCAACAGGUUGGUGGGUGCUGCUAACGAGGUAUUGUCGCAAUUGAACACUAUUGAUCCAAUUGUUGUUCCAGAUCUUGAUCAAGACAUUCAGGCAACAGACGAAGAGUUACCAUCAUUAGACCUUGCGUGGAAAUACGAAGCAAUUAUGGGUUUCUUAAAGAGUGUGCUCAGAAAAUACUCGGAUGAGUUUAGCGUUCUGACGGAAAAGUUCAUCAAUGAUGUAUUACAAGGCGUGCCACAUGAACCCACCAAGCAACAAUUGAACAGAUGGAUUUCGGAAGUUUCAGAAUUAUGA